AUGGUGCAGUUUCUGGACCUUCCGGACGAACUAAUUCUUGUCAUUGUCAAUUAUGUGCAAGCAGAAAAGGGACAGGGAAAUUUGCCAUUUUACAAGUGGGGUGAUUUGUACGAACGCGCGAUUAAACAAGAUCAACCGCAACAAAACAAAGAUUUACAGUCCUUAUACCUCGUUUCACGUCGCUUCUAUAGGCUGUUGAAACAAAACUAUUACGAAAACAUCUGCGUCCGUGAAGGUCCAUUCCACAAUCAUCCUCUAGAUCGGCUGAAACGCACACUUAGAGAUGAACCGAAUCUUCAAAAAUUUAUUGUUUCAGCAGUUGUGCCUUGCACAACUUCAAUAUACGACUUUUUUUGUUUUUACUGGUUUCCCAACAUCCAGUCACUCAGCAUUCUCGGCUUCAAGGCCAUGGAUCCUUUGGAAGACGAAAACGGUCUACGCCAAUUUAUCGGCAAGUCGCCGGUCACAGCCCUGAAUUUAAUACGCUGUGGGGCUCAUGAGGAGGCAUUAGCUACUAUACUAAGCUGGCCAGCCGCUCUGGAAGUGCUCCAUUAUGACGUCGAGCAAGGGGAGUGGGAUGGCAUCUAUGUUGACGAGCCUGCUGAAGGCUGGACGUGCGCUGCUUUUGUGCGAACAUUGCAGCCACAAAUGGGGUCUUUAAAGGAACUGACCCUUACCCGGCCUUGGCUUGAUCAUGAAGGAUUGUUCAACGGACCACGCAUUUGCCUAAGAGAUUUCACAGCUCUAACUACGUUACGUAUUUACCACGUCUUUUUAUGCGGACUAGAUGAUCCUCUCGAGGCUUGGAGAAGUCUUCCUCGUAGCUUAGAGGAGCUAGAGAUAUUUUAUGAUGACUGGGAUCUCACUACCUUCGAAGAAGACGAGUUUCUGGUGGGCCUGCUCGUGCAUAAAGAGGAACAUUUACCCCAUCUACGGAGAAUAUCCAUCGCGUCACCCGAAAUUAUAUGGGACGCUGAAAAGGAAGAGUGCAAGCCUGCCGGACGAUGGUCACCACCGCCUCCUCUGGUGCACGCGCUUGAAGUAGCUGGUCUGGAUUUGGAUGUUCAGUUGGGUGUUUAA